AUACUCUUACUACCCAAAUUCCAUAACGCAAAUUUCCCCUUAUGAUUGUAAGCCCACCGCUCCUUCCCUUCCACGUUUGAACACGGUCUUGGAAAGUUUGGCCUCUCAAAAACACUUUCCUCACAAGAGCAUCGUUGAUCAAUUAUCGCCAACCGGUUCUUCAAGUGGAAAUCGUUAUCAAUGCCCAUAUUGUUCUAAACGAUUCUCUCGUCCAAGUUCACUUCGAAUUCACACUUAUUCACACACCGGUGAGAAACCGUUCGUUUGCACGGAACCAGGUUGCGGAAGAAAAUUCUCUGUUCAAAGCAAUAUGCGUCGUCAUCUUCGAGUUCAUCGAUUGGGAAGACCAGUAAAGAAAACCAGAUACGAUGGUGAAGUUGAGGGUUAUAAAAUGCUUAGCCCGGCUGGCGCUCUUCGAAGUUAUUAA